CAGGAAGUUCACGUUUAAGCAAAGUAAAUGUAUGCAUACAAUAGUAAGGGAGUUAAGUAAUAAAAACAAGAGGUACGUAAGCUUGUGAGUAAUUAAUAAACUGGGUAACAAUACACUGAGUUCAACUCAAGUCAUAGAAUCCGGUGACAAGCAAAAUUACACUAUAUCAAGGAGGUGAGCUCUUACUUCGUAGCACUUUAAGCAUUGAUAUAUGCAGGUUCGUGUUCUACGAAGCAUUGAACCUUUGACAAUGAAGGAUCUUGUAAUCGGACAAUAUGUUGCUGAUCCAAACGCUAGUCAACCACCUGCAUCAUUAUCAUACACAGAUGAUCCAUCAGUUCCUGCAAACUCCAUAACUCCUACCUAUGUUUGUGCUGUAUUAUAUGUGCAAAAUGAUCGUUGGAAAGGUGUUCCGUUUAUUCUACGAGCUGGAAAAGCUUUGAAUGAACGGAAGGCUGAAGUCAGAGUUCAAUUCAAAGAACCUCAUUUUCACGUAUUUGGAACAGAGGGCGUACCGCGUAAUGAAUUAGUCCUACGCGUACAACCUGAUGAAGCAGUUUAUAUUAAAUUGAAUGUGAAAUCUCCCGGAAUGAAAAUUCAAACAGAAAUCACUGAAUUAGAUCUUACAUAUGCUAACAGAUAUAAACACAUCAAAUUGCCAGACGCCUAUGAAAGAUUAAUUUUAGAUGUAUUCUGUGGAGUUCAAACAAACUUUGUACGCAGUGAUGAACUACGUGAAGCUUGGCGUAUAUUAACACCGAUAUUGAAUCAUUUAGAAGAAAAUAAGAUCAAACCAUAUCCAUAUAUUUACGGAAGUCGAAAUGGUCCCAAAGAAGCAGAUGAUUUGUGUAAACGAGCAGGUUUCCAAUAUUCUGGCAAUUAUGUUUGGAAAUCAGUAGAUCAAGGCAGCUAA